UUGAAUUGUUUUUCCUAAAGUUUGUAGUCAUCUUUAUAGUAAAAAAGUCAAAAUGGAAGCACGUAGUUUAAGAUAUUUGUAUCUUAAUUUUUUAUUCUUAACCUCACAACUAUCUAAUGAUGACCUAGAAGCAUUGAAUAGAGCAUUUAAACACAUUGUCGGUAAUAGUGAACAUAACUACCAUUGCACGGUGGAUCAAGCAAAGAACUAUGUGGGUGAGGAACACAGUAAAGAAGUGGAGAGAUAUGCAGAUCUUAAAACACAGAUGAUAAAUAUAUGGGAAUUUUCAAAAAUGAUUAUCAAAUUAGCUAAAAACGAGAAGAUGGAGUUACCAGACUAUGUUAAUGCAAGAAAUAUAAAGACAAUAGACAGCUAUGUUACAGUAACCAAGGAUGAAGUUCAAUCAUCAGAAGAAGAUUUAUUAAGUAAUUAACAU